AUGUUCAGUCCCACUGAUAGUCUGAGAGAGAUCAGUCAACAGCUGUCCUCUGGCAUGACCCAGGAGCUCACUGCCUUCUGCAACUCUCUGGGACCUGGUCAUGGCAGCCUACCUCGGCUGAGUGGUAAGGUGUCUGAUGUGCAGGUUAGUUCCCUGCUCCAGAGCUGCUAUCAGAACUGCCAGGCCCUGCCCAGGGUCUACCAACACUACGGACCCUCUCCCAUACAGCCCCUGUCUGUAGAGAUGCAGAUACUACUCACUGUAUACUACCUGGUGCAACUAGGCCCAGACCAGGUCCCACUGAUCCAGGACCUGGAGCAGAUCUUCAUGCGCUCCUGGAGAGAGUCCCACCUCCGUGAGAUUCGCCAGCACCAGCAGCCCCAGCCUGGCCUCUCCCUCCCCCAGGCGCCCUCUACACUGCCGGGGCUGCCACAGGCCCAGGCCCUCACCCCCUCCCAGCUGCCCUGGCUGGCCCAGCUGGCAGCCUCGUCAUGUGGGGAGGGUGUGGUGGUGCUGGAGGAGAAGGCCUCGAUGGCUCUGGGACUGGCUGGCACCUUCACUAGGCUGAUGGAGGGACAUGGUGAUGUAGAUGUGUUGCUGGGGAGUGUUGCUAGGGAGAGCAGGAGCCAUCCGCCCCCUCUGUCCAGCAGUCAGGAGUCCACAGGAGACAGCAGCCCUAGAGACAGACAGACGGACAGAGCUACAUGCAGCCCCAAAGAGCCAGCCACAGACAACCCCAAAGACAGAGCUGAGAGCCACAAGGACUCCUGCUCAGAGUACUGUGUGGAGUGGCGGGAGGUGCGGCCCAUCCAGUUGGCGGUAGCCAGGAAGCUGCUGUCCCAUGUGUGUGCCAUCGCUGACUCCAGCACUCAGAACCUGGACCUGGGCUCCUUCGACAGGGUCGACUUCCUCAUCUGUGUCCCCCCUUCUGAGGUCACCUUCCAACAGACUGUACUGCAUCUCUGGAACUCAGGUGUCCUCCAGCAGCUGGGGUUGGAGCAGGAGUGUCUGUCUCAGAGAGAAGCUGAGCACUACGUGGUCAAGAUGGACCAGGAGGCGAGGGCGCGCAUUGAUGACCUCAUACAGGAAGCACACAGGAACUCUAACACACUCUACAUCCUGGUCCACGACCACGCACACUGGGACAUCAGCAGUGGGCCGUACGGUGCCAGCGGUGGUGACUCCGGCGGUGGGUUGGUGGACAGCCUGCUCAACUCCCUUCAGAUCAGAGAUGCCACCAACAUCCUGACUCUCCACGUCACCUCAUUCCCCUUUGCCCUGCAGACACAACACACACGUAUCAGCCCUUACAACGAGAUACACUGGCCCUCUGCUUUCAAUAACGACAUGGAUCUGUACCAUGAGAAGACGCGGUACUUUGGUGUGUCUGAGCUGCUGGACUCGACUCGUUCAGGCAGCGGUCUGCCUCUCCUCCGCUACGACAGUUCCUUCGAAAGCAUGGCCUCUGUCCUGGAGGAGAGGUUCCCCAAGCUACACAGUGCAGUGAUCCGGACUCAGGUUCUGGUCCAGCACUACUGUGUGGCUCUGAUGGCCGUGUCAGGUCGGCCUGGCUCAGGGGGGCGGAGCAUACAUAAACACACCUCCGUCGAGACGCUGGAGAUUGUCCAGAGUCUGCUCAGCUCCGCCCAGCGAUGCCCCACCCACCACGGUCACAUGGUGCUGCUACGGAUCCCCUCAUUGGCUCUGGCAGGGUGGGCUCACCAGCGGCUGGCGUGGGUCAGACAGAGACUGGGGCUGGGGGAGCGCUUUGAGAUCAUCCUGGGAAACCCCAGCCAAGCCCUCAGCAUAGGACAGAGCUUCACUGAGCGCAUCAAGACAUGGCUGAAGAUCCAGGAGACAGACUGGGUUCCCCGUACCUACCUGGAGCUAGAGGCUCUCCCCUGUAUCCUCAUCCUCUCUGGGGCAGACCCCCUGGGAGAGUCCCUACCCAGAUCACUGAAGUACUGUGAUCUGCGUGUGAUAAGCUCCUCCUACCUGCAGCGCACGGCAUUGGAGCAGGAGCUAGGAUUGGCGGCCUACCUGGUGAGGGUGGAGUCCCAGGGGUCACAAUCCCACGGCCACGCCCCCGGCCUGGGCAGUGACCUAUCAGAGAGCGACUCAGACAAACUCAACAGCACCGACAACGAGGAGGAGGGGGGAGAGAACAGUGAGAGAUGUUCAGUUAAAUUAAAUACAACUAAAUUCUACUGGGCCAGCUCCUUCAGACCUCUGCUGAGUAAGAUGAUGACGUGUACAGAACAGUCUCUGUAUUACCGCCAGUGGACCAUCCCAAGGCCUUGCCACAUGGACAGCAGCAACCGCCCCGCAGAGGGACGCACGGACAACUUCCAUCCCCGCAGACUGCUGCUCAGCGGGCCCCCACAGGUGGGGAAGACAGGGGCGUACCUCCAGUUUCUGGGCAUCCUGUCUCGUAUGCUGAUCAGGCUGAUGGAGGUGGACAUCUAUGACGAGGAAGAGAUCAACACCAGUGACCAGCUGGAGUGUGUCCAGUACCACCCAGCCUGUGCCCCCUGGCCGAUAAUAGGCACACUGAGGGGCAUGCCCUUCGACUACACCAUCCACAACCCCAAAUAUGAAGACAUCAGCACUGUCUAUUGCCCUGACUACUACCCCAACACUGACGGGAACCCCAGACGUAAGGAGGACGUGUAUCUGCGGAGGCGUACGACCAGGACCAAACUGUCCAAAUACGCAGCCUACAACACCUACCACCACUGUGAACAGUGUCACCAGUACACGGGCUUCAACCCCGGAUACCAGAUGUAUGAAUCGCUGCUGCAUGGCUUCACCUUCUCCCACCUGCUGCUGGGUGAGGAGAUCCAGCUCUACUUCAUCAUCCCCAAGUCUAAGCAACACCACUUCAGCUUCAGCCAACCAGGAGGCCAACUAGAGAGCAUGAGACUGCCCCUCGCCUCCGAUUGGAACCCAGACUGCAUCAAGAGCCCCAUCUUCACCCCGACAACGGGUCGUCAUGAGCACGGCCUGUUUAACCUGUACCAUGCCAUGGACGGGGCGGCCCACCUCCACAUCCUGGUUAUCAAGGAGUACGAGAUGGCUGUCUAUAAGAAGUACUGGCCCAACCACAUCAUGCUGGUGCUGCCCACUGUCUUCAAUGGAGCCGGCAUCGGUGCUGCCCACUUCCUGAUCAAGGAGCUGUCCUAUCACAACCUGGGGCUGGAGCGCAGGCACAGGCUGGAAGGAGGGGGGCCGCCGGCCGACGUCUGGCCCUUCAUCAUAGUCUCUGAUGACUCCUGCGUCAUGUGGAACGCCGUGGACCUGGACUCACACAGUGCCCCAGGGCCUGUAGAGAGGAACGUGUCUCUGAAGCAGGUGCUGCAGCACAUGGAGGCGUGUCCCGACCUCACCCAGUACGGCCUCUGUGGGAUCAGGAAGUGGGGCAGUUGCUCCCCGGGUCAGGGGAAGGGGGGAGGAGCCCGUCACGGGGAACCGUUCUCCAGAGGACACCUCCACGACUUCCUGCUUCUCAAUGUGGACCUGACCCAGGACGUCCAAUACAACGAGAACAGGUUCAUGUGUGAUGAUGUGGACUUCACCCUGCGAGCCCACAGUGCUGGUCUGCUCAUCUGUCGUUUCAACAACUUCAGUGUGAUGAAGAAACAGAUCGCUAUCGGAGGAUACCGUACCUUCAUCAUCAAGACCAAGAUAACUGACGUCCCCACCUCCAUCCAGCCGUCACAGUACAUCUGUGCCCCGGACAGCAAGCAUCCAUUCCUGGCCACGCCUGCACAGCUACUGCUGGAGAAAUACCUGCAACACUCUAGCCUGUUCCCCCUUAGCACAUGCAACUACACACACCCCAUACUGUCUGUAGACUGCUACCUCAACCUGGGGCCUGAGGUGACGGUGUGUUUUGUGAGUUCCAGACCUCGCUCCAUCAACAUCUGUACUACAGGGCUGCUGUUCAGCGGCCUGCUGCUCUGCUUCUGCGAUUCCUUCGUCACACCAGGCUUUCUUAAGAAGUUUCACUUCCUCAAAGGUGCGAUUCUGUGUGUGAUAUGUGCUGACCGCAGCUCUCUGAGACAGACGGUGGUGAGGCUGGAGCUCGAGGACGAGUGGAGGUUCCGGCUGAGUGACGAGUUCCAGACGGCCAACGCUAAAGAGGACCGCCCCCUCUUCUUCCUCACAGGGAAACAUAUAUGAACUGCCGUACCCCUCACCGUGAGCCCUGCAGUGGGGUCAAAACAGAAAGCCAAAAACUGGCAGUAUUCUUCUGGUGGAUCAAGCCAAUAACCCAUAGACAGUAGUUGGUAGUGAAUAUAGCUACAGUUGAAGUCAGAAGUUUACAUACACUUAGGUUGGAGUCAUUAAACCUCGUUUUUCAACCACUCCA